CUCUCUUCUCCUUUCCAGUAUACAUUUGCAGCCACCGGCAAACUAAUUCUUCCUCCUUUUUAUUUUGAAAACAUUGGACAUCUACUUUUUACAUGACCUCCUCGAAACGAAAAUCAAUUGUCGAUACUGCUGAGCUGUCAAAGCGCGCAAGGCUAUGGUUCACAGAAGGUUUAGAUGGAAUCAGCUCUUAUCUUGGACUAAAACCUUUAGAAUCACUAGUUAUUGAGCAGCAGCGUAAGAAGCAUGAUUGGCGCUACGAAGGAGCUUAUGUCCGAGGCGUACUUCUGAAAGAAGGUCAGGAUCAACAUUUUCCAGCACAUCGUCGUCCUAGCCCCUCGUCUCUAUCGCCGAACGAUGGAUCUAAAAAGCCAGCAGAGCCUACUGCUGCUGCCAUGGAUAAUUCUGAGGAAAACAAACCAUAUCAGCUGGAGCCAUAUACAAAACUUCCCACUUUUACAGCACCAGAUUUCCGGGAACGGCCUUCAUUCGCUGAUGAAUCAAACAGUUCAUUAGCUUCAGGAUCACCAUCUUCCUCGAGUGUAUCUUCUGUCACUGGAUCAUCACGAUUUAGCAACCUGCCACACCACAUAGAUUUGAACAAAACUCCUUACUGCGGGCUCGACCACGAAUCUAUGCCAGCAAAGCUCAAAGGACAACUUCGUUGCUGCAGAGCAAGGAUGAAUCGACUUCAAGCUGCAUUGGAUGCAACAAUUGGGGCAUUAAGAUCAGAUCGGGAAAGCAUUGUGAGCUCAAGGAGGACAUCACAGCCAUCUAUUGACGAAGAGAUUGCAGAACAUCGUCGAAUGAGAGAAUACUAUCGAUCUUACGACAAGGACGAUUUGUUAUUAGAGCGUAGUAUAACAUCUAGACAACCAGCUUGGCUAAGGACAGGGUAUCAAGGAAACAAAGAGCCAACAUGGCUCAAGAAUAUUAGAAAUCUGAUCAACAGGAAUCUGCCAAGCGUUGAGAAGCAGGAGCGGCCACCAAGUCACCAGGCUAUUGUGAGCGAACAUGAGCGUAUCGAGAAGGAACUGAAAGCACGAAAAUCAGGACAUGAGCAUUUUCCACCACUUGCCAAAGACGACGAGCAACGCUCCAGCGCGGAAGGAUUUAAUGUUGCGAUUCUCAAAAAAGAUAUUCAGACAUUGCGACCAGGUCAAUGGCUUAAUGACGAGGUCAUCAAUUUUUACGGAAAUCUAAUUAUGGCCAGGAGCAAAGAAUCCACAGAGUUACCGAAGGUCCAUGUUUUUAGCACCUUUUUUUACAAAACGCUCAGCGAAAAUGGCUAUGAAAAAGUCAGGCGAUGGACCAAAAAGAAGCCAUUUGAUUUUCAUGGAUGGGAAAAUGAUUGUCCCAAAGACAUUCCCACUCAAAAGAAUGGAUUUGAUUGUGGAGUGUUCACAUGCACAUUCAUCGAGUUCAAGAGUCGAGGACAGGAUCAGUUAGAUUUUUCACAGAGGAAUAUGGAUUAUCUCCGCAAGAAGAUUGCUCUUAGCAUAAUAAACAAGAGCCUUUGAUUUUGGAAGGAAAAAAAAAAAGCGGGGGG